AUGGCAUCCGAUGAGUCGCUCCCAACGCUGAAGAUCCUCAUGAUCGGUCCUUCAGGAGCAGGGAAAUCAGCGCUUCUCAUACGAUACUGCGAUGACCAGUUCGACUCCGAGUCCUCAACUGCUACUAUAGGCGUAGACUUCAAGAUGAAGAAGCUCUCCGUCCACGGCAAAGCCUACCGCCUCAACCUCCUCGACACUGCCGGCCAAGAGCGCUUCCGCACGCUCUCAAACAGCUACUAUCGCGGCGCACACGGCGUGAUCCUCGUCUACGACAUCUCGAACCGGGAAUCCUUCCAAGCCAUGGAACGCUGGUUCGAAGAAGCAGAGUCCAAUGCUAUGCCCGGUGCUAUCAUGUAUCUGGUAGGCAGCAAGCUGGACAAGACGAAUAAUAGGAUGGUACAGACUGAAGAGGGACAACGGCUUGCGGAACUGCAUGGAUGUGGGUUUUGCGAGGUCAGCAGUAAGACGAGGGAGAAUGUGCGGAAGCCGUUUGUGGAGAUUGUGGAUUCGAUUGUGAGGGAUCCGAAGCUGUUGAGCGCGAGCAGUAGGAGGACUGGGACGGUUAAUGUUGGGACUGGUGGUGGUGAAGGGUGGGGACCUAGGUGUUCUUGUUAG